AUGCAGGUCCAGACUCUCAAGCUUCAAUUUCUCCGGUGUCCCACAUCAGCCUCAUCACAUCACCUAGCAGAAGCACUUUGUUCUAUGCCAAACCUGACUGACCUGUCACUGAUCACAAUGGAUCUAAAUGAGGAGUUCUGCUCUACAUUGAAAGCAAAGGCAUCAUCCAUGCAGGUCCAGACUCUCAAGCUUCAGGAUAUGCAGUGUCCAACACCAACCUCACAUCACCUUGUAGAAGCAAUAUGCUGUAUUCCAAACCUGACUGACCUGACAAUGCAUGGAUGGAAUUUCGAUGAGGAGUUCUACUCUACAUUGAAAGCAAAGGCAUCAUCCAUACAGGGUUGUUUUCCUCAGAUCAAGAAGGGAAAGUUUAGGGUCAAUGGAGUUGCCCAAGAUGACUUAAACUCAUUUCUCAACACCCUCACAUGUUUGCAAAGCUCGGACUUAGACUGCUCAAGUGACUGGGAUGGCUCUACCAACUCAGGCAACUCAAAUGACUCAGACAACUCAGCCGACUUUGGCAGCUCAAAUGACUCGUAUUUCUCGGCCAACUCAGGCAACUCAAAUGACUCAGAUGGUUAG